AAAACUAGAAAAGCUCAAAGUUCAUUUCAUACCAAACCACACAGCAAAGCAUUAAAGACCUGCGCUUCCUGUUUAAAAAGAAGAGAAAGUUGAAAGAAACAACAAAAAGAAGGAAAAUGGAAGAGGCUGCAGAUAUUACAGAGAAAAAAGAGAGAGGUCGAGUUGAUGAUCAAGAGAGUAGCUUAACUAAAGUUUAUGAUAUUUCCAAGAAUCCAAUUUUCUACUUCCAAGAAGCCAUUAGAGCUAUUCUCAACUGUCUUGGUUUUGAAUCUUCAAAACCAGAGUCUUCAUCUUCUAGUAUGUCAGAUAAAAAAGAAGAAGAGAAUAAUAAAGAAGAUAGUAGUGAACAAGAAGAAGAAGAUGAUCCUGAAGGGAAACAGGCUUCAACAGAUAAUAACAACGAUAACCCUAAUACUCCAUCAGCUGAUGAUCCACCUCAAUCCCAAACACUUAUAGAAGCAGCAACAAGGAGGGGAAGAACGCCACCAAGACCUGGAGUUAGCAGAGGAAGUCCUCCUCAGAACAAUUAAUUUAAAUUACAUCUCCUCUUAAAAUCUAUGACCCAUUUUCAUACUUUGGCUAGGGUUUUAUUGAAGUUUGUUAUAUAUAUGAUCAACUUUCAAGACUAAGUUUUGCUGGUAUUUUAUCUUGGUUUGAUUUCCGUAUUUUAUGUUGUCUUAGGUCCUUUAUUUGUUUAUCCAUAUUGUAAGAUAUAAGGAUCUUAAUAUGUGCAAGUUAAUAGUA